GACUUGGCAUGCGCCGUUCGGACAUGGAUGGCAUCAAGAUCCGGCUUCAGCACCAGCGUGACAAGUUCGAGCUGACGCUCCCGCGAGGCAGCCGCUUGCCAUGCUUGACGCGGGAGGCCGAGCGGCUAACCGGUGUCGAGGCAUCAAGGCAGCGCCUGAUUUGCCGCGGCAAGGUUCUGACGGACUCCUCCCUAGCGCUGGACUCUCUGCCUCCGAAGGCAGGCGCUGAGAUCUCGGUGAUGAUGCUUGCAAAAGAGUCCAAGGGCAGCCAGGCAGUUCGAAGUUGGCGGCACUUUCAUCGCCUGAUCCACGCCUGGCUUCUCACCAUUUGGGCGUUCCUGUACAGCUUCUUUCACUCCUUGUUGGCGCCCGGUGCUUAUGCUGGCAAGCCAGGCAAAGCGCAGGAGCACCGCACAGACGGCAUAGAUCCUACUGACCUCGCGCGGCUGGCGGCCUGUGGCGCGGGCGGCUGAGGCUAAGCCAAAGGGACCCGUGCCCCUACCCCUACCCUGAGUUUCUUGGUGGCUCC